GUACAACGCUGUAUUGACGGCGCUGUGCUCUUUCUCGGCGCUCCGACAGGCUGCCGACAAAUCAGGGAAGACCAGGAGUCGUGACUCGUGAGUCCUGAUGCGUGACUCGGCCUCCGCAUCCUGAGUGUUUCAUAAAGCACUGCGAAGCAUUCACAUUCAGAACAGCAACUGGCAUUCCUGGCAGUUCAUCAUUGUGGAAACAAGUCAGCCUCGCAUCACCGUGAUCUAUCUAGAUAGCAGUUCCUCUACCGCCAAACUCGAGGCCUUUAAUUUCGACGCAAUAGUCAAAUAGUUCUCCAGCUCUGAGCAUUCUCCGCGCAAACUCAGGUUUCUGUCACUUUGAGUUUGGAAUCUAGUCUCUGAAUCGAAGCACUAGAGACAGUCAUGGCUCGGUCGAUCGCUUUGGCCGUCACGUUAGUCCUCGCGGCCGUCAUCUGCCUGUCGGCCAUCAGCGUUGACGGCGCUGCACCGCCGUCGAAGACGCAGCUGAAAGCCGAGCUGAAGAAGCUAACGGCGACGAUCACGAAGAAAUACCCCAAGUACUCCAAAUACUCGGCGCAAAUCAACAAGGUCAUCAACGUUGCGUUGAACUCCAAGUACGACCUGUCAGCGCUCAAGAACUGCACGAUGCUGCUGAUGAGCGACGCCGUCGCCGACAAGCUCGCCGCGCGGUUCAAGGGCAAGAAGAUCUCCCCCGACACCGCCUACAACCUGACAGCCAUUCAGAUCAUCGCGACACGUUACUCGCAGACCCAGUUGCAAGCGAUGAGGAGGGGUCUGCAGCUGCCGACGCAGCUCAAGAAAAUGAGCCUCGUGAAAAUGUCUCCUGUGGGGGCGAAGAUCUCGUUUGGCCAGCAAGGCAUGGCGCGGGGCACGUGGAGCACGGUGGUUGAGCCUCAGAUGUACGUCGGACCGUACUUCAUCGCGCACGGCGUUGACCAGCCACAAUUCCCUAAGGGCACUAAGCUGCCCGCCUGAGGAUGGGGCUGAGGAUUUGUUGCCCACUGGGAUGGUCGCGUUAUGCUUGCUUGUUAGCGAGGACCGUGUUCAAGUUGCUCCGCUUGAACCACUGGUGUGAUGUACCUGUUUAUUCAAUACAGUACAUAUGAGAUAAGAGCACUCAAGCUUCUUGUACCGUACUAUCAAAAUUAGAGAAGUGAAUGAUCGGUAGAGUGAGAGUACACACAGAUAUACCUAAGUGUUGUACCC